CAGUGGGUCGUUGUCCAUCAGGCACUGGAUGUCCUAAUACAGCCAUCUGUGCUAACGGCUUAUGUUGUCCAUCACCUCGCUGCUCAUCCGGAGUUAUUGCGUUGCGCAUUUGUGUAUCCAGUGCAGAAUGCGGUGUUGGAUUCGAGUGUACCAAUGGUGGAUGUUGCCCACUUCCACUUUGUCCCAAUAACCAAGUCGGAUCGCAAAGGUGAUAAUUUUUUUUGUUUUGUCAAACUGUGCUAA